CCUCAGAAGAGUCAAACCGGCACACUCUUCGACGAUCCAGCCGGGCCCGUCUCCAAUCGCAUCUGCGAAUAACAGAAAUGAGGAUUAACUAAGCUCCCAGACGACAGCCAUUCAGUGCAAUUGGAUGCUGCCGAUAUCGGCAUCGCUGAUCGAUUCCUCCAAUAUUGCCAUGAAGAUAUAACAGGGCUCACUCUCGUAUCCUGCUGUCAUCCAACCGGUGUCCCCCAUAAAUCCAGUGGCAGUUGCAAAAUACAGUGCUUCUAAGAGCUUAUAUAAUCUUGGUGAAGUGUCCUUCGAGACUAUCUGGUACGACAUGGCGAAAGAGCAAGCGGUCUAUUCCCAUGGCCAUCACAAAUCAGUGGUCGAGGACCAUGCACGUCGAACAGCGCAAGACUCAGCAGCAUUUCUGCUCCCACAUAUUAAACCCAAUCACAUCAUUCUCGAUGUCGGGUGCGGUCCGGGUACCAUCACUGCAGACCUAGCAACCUUCGUACCAGAGGGCAAGGUCAUCGGUGGUGACGCUGUCGAGUCUGUCCUCGAGCAAGCUUCCCAGUACGCCUCCUCGAGAGGGUUGACGAACAUCACAUUCCAAAAGAUCGAUGCCAAUGGCUUACCGUUUGCGGACAACUCUUUUGACAUUGUCUUUUGUCAUCAAGUCCUGCAACACGUCAAAGACCCGGUGGGCAUAUUGAAGGAGAUGCGAAGAGUCGCCAAGCCAGGCGGCAUCGUAGCUGCUCGAGAAGCAGACUACAAGUCGUUCGCCUGGUAUCCAGAGACGCCCGAGAUCGCCAGGUGGGCAGAUCUCUACCAGAGAGUCGCGAAGACGAAUGGAGGAGAACCCAACGCAGGUCGAUACUGUCACGUGUGGGCCAGACAAGCUGGUUUCUCGCCAGAUGAAAUCACCGCCACGUGGGACUGCUGGAGAUAUGCCGGGCAGCGAGUGGCGCAGUUCUCUCAGAGCUGGGCCGGGAGAAUCUUGCAGCCCGGGUUCACGGGGACGGCGGUCCGGGAGGGAUUCGCGACGGAAGAUGAGAUCAAGAACAUCUCCGAAGGCUGGAAGAGAUGGGGCACGGAUCAGGAUGCAUUCCUUGCCAUUCCUAGCGGGCAGAUCUUGUGUCGUAAGACAUAGCAAAGUGGAAAACGCCCAAGCUCGAAGAUGCAAUGCAAAACGAGGUAGUGUGCCCUGAGCGGGCAAUGUCAGUCCUGUCUCCCUUCUAUGUAAGGGAUCUAUAUUUCUUCG